GUCACGAACGUUAGUCCCUCGAACACUUCCGCCACCCUCCCAUCUAAGUCCACAAUGUUUGUUCAAAUUCCAUGUUUUCUUUCUAAACCGGAGAUAACAAAAUAAGAACCAGCUUGUUUUUUUAAGUACCUGUUUCUUGACAUACUAAGGAACUUUGGUAUUCAAACUAAGUCUUGCCAAUGAGUACCUAGUCGCUGUCACCGGUACAGCUGAAUCGACGUCGUCACCACUUAACCAUAACAAAAAGACUAACGUAACGACUUAGGGAAUGUGUCAAGGUAAUAUCAAUGAAAGAAUGAAAAACCACAGACCUGAAAACCCAAACCCUGAUCCCAUCGGCAAUCAUUUCCCGGUAUAUAGGCAGAACCGAUGAAGCUGUGUCGUUCCAAUCUCAGUUCAGCACCUCACUGACAACAAAAAACUAACUAUAAUUAAAACCGACAACUAAAUUUAACAUAUGAUCUUAGUUAUGGAAUGAACCUGCAAGCAGUCCAUUUUUACAAAAUCUUGGUGGUGUUGGCAUGAAGAGCUUUCUAAACAUCAGGCCGGUUGUUAUAGACUUCUGCAUAUCUCUCGGUACAUCGAUCAUACCCUAAUAUUUUCCUCAGUACCUUCUCAGUAGACAUAACCGGCUACAUUGCUUAUGAACAUUGAACCGGAUCCAAACCGAAAGAGAAAAGCAGAGGAAAGAGGCUCUUACGGAGUGGGGAAGAUGAGGGAGACGCAUCCUCCCGCGAUCAGAAGAACCACCGAAACCCACAGCUACCGUCGCUUGACUUGUUACACGGCGGUGCAUAGAUGUUGUACUGAUCGAUGCUACUAAACUCUUUCUCCAUUGCGUAAGAGUAAACCGUUUCGCAUUCAUCAGAUUCCUCCUGUCGACUGAACUCGCAAGUGUUCACCAGCUGAUGAUACGUCCUGUCGGAGAUCAUCGCGUGGCUCCACCAAUACGGCACCGUUCCGAGGUUGUCAUAGUGAUUGUCCGUCACGGCGUUUCCAACCUUCCAAACGAAACGGUUUUACGCGCGAAAAUUCAAUAACGGUAACGGAAACAGAGGAUUUUGAAUUUUUUAAAUAUUACCAUGAUUCCUUUGAGAUUAAUUGGAUUCUUGGAUCGUUUGUUGUAAUGCAUGAUUUCUCUAGCGAGCUGAGGGACGUAAUGUCCGGCGUAACUUUCGCCGGUGAUGUAAAUUUCACGGCGGUUGUAUUUCGGAAACCGGUGAAGCCAUUGGACAAGAAACUGAAGUGAAUCUUUAGCUGCAAUAAGAAGAAACAGAGUCAUCGGUUAAGGUAAACCAUGAGUGAUUUAGAGGGAUUGGUUCUUGGUUUAGUUAUACCGGUGCGGCUGUCGCCAGUAUUGAAGACUUUUCUACAUUGUCGGAGACGGAGACUGGUCUCACCGGAUAAUGCUGCCGGUAAAACAAUUGAAAUAUUCCAUCAAUGCAUCCAAACUGUUUAUUCAGAUUUGGGUUCUCAUCUGACAAGUUAUACAUAAGUUUUGCAGACAUGGCUUCUUCUUUUCAAAAAGGAUAACUAAAUAAAGUUUGGUAUGUCUAUGGAACUAAUGAAUUUAUUGUCUAGUUAACAAACUGAAGUUCAGAUCCAACCCUUCUGAUAAGCGACCAAAUGAUGUAACACAUAGACCACUAGACUUUUCGAAGUUUUUGAUAGGUAGACGUAGAGGCAAUAGUCAAUCAAAAACUGAGAGGGGCUUCAUUAGAUAUAAAAGUCGGAAGAAGGCCCAUAAAGCCCAUUAUAGAUUUACUUUUUUUUCUUACUGUGAAUAUCCAUUUUCCACCUGUUUGUUUCUAUUCCUUGAUUUGAGGCCAAAUCUAGAAGAAGAAGCAGCAAAGAAGAUUAGCCAGAAGAGGUAAACAAACACCAAUUCUUUUGAUCUGUCUUAUCACGUGUCUGUAAUAACUCAAUAUAACAAUACUAUUUGGAACCUCUCCUCUUCUAAAUAUCCCCAACUCAUUGAACACAAACUUAAAACUUGUAAACAUUUUUCAAAUUGUUUAGAUCUCUCUAUCUCUAGCAGGAUCAAACAAAAAAAAAGAAGCAAAAGAUGGGUAAAGCAAGAGGAGUAAAUAGUGGUGUUCAUCAAAGCUCUCUCGGUUAUCUCUUUGGUUCUUCCGGGGAUUCUCCAUCCUCUGCCGCUACAAAAAUGGGGACCACAACCACGACAACCACCACAACUACCACAGACGGAACCGGAAGAAGACCAAUUACGACCACGACCACCACCGUCACUGAUAAUAAUAAUAGAUUUGCUGCAGGUGUUAGAGGAAGUCCUAAUAACUACUUCAGAUCAGAAGGUCAAAACUCUGGAAACUUUCUCACGGAGAGGCCAUCUACUAAGGUUCGUUCAGCUCCUGGUGGCGUAUCAUCUCUUGGCUAUCUCUUUGGAGGACCAAAUGCUGCUGAUUCUGUAAAGAAAUGAAAGCUGCUUCCGACAAUCCAAGAUUUUUAAUUAAUCAAAUGUACAUCUUCCAUAAACAUGGUUGUUGUUGUGAUCAUUACGAGUUUCUAAUAGAAACCUUAAUUUCAAAAAGAAAAAAAGAACAUGUUACCAAUCUAAAUCAAAAAUAAACAAACAGUGCCCAAAUGAGAUCAUUUUUCACAAUCUACUCCUCAAAUAAUAUAUGUUCCAUCGUAAACUAGAAGCCGAGUCAAAUCAAAUCAUUGAUCCUGAAAUUAAUAAGGUGAAAAAAUAUUAUUAUCAAGUGCCAAUUUUGAGUCUCAAUCGGUGACCAUCCGGCAGAACACGACGACGGCUCUUAAAGCUCAAUCAAUCGUAAAAGCUUAGUGUGAUUGGGAUGUCUGAGAUCCGUAUUUCUUGCUUUGACACAGCUCUUAUAGAUUACAUCAAUGUUUCUGUAACUGCAGUGUGAUUUAUUGGAAUUGCCAGCUGUAGCACAACUAGAGAAGGAUCCUAAAUAUGGACCAGUUCACCAGCUGCUGAAGAUCUUUCUAACUCAGAGGCUGAAUGCUUACAGGGAAUUCCAAACUGCAAAUUCAGAAUGUCUGCAAAGCUAUGGUAACCAAAUUGUAAAUCCGUUUACUGCUCUUACUGUAAACACGUCCCAUCUCCGGAGAAAUCCUUAAUUUCUAUUUCUGGUUGGUCCUUAGGACUUGUUGAUGAAGAUUGUGUAACAAAUAUGAAAUUGCUCUUCCUUGUCUGUUCUUGUGCUGUCGAACCUGUACAAUGUGUAUGAAGACAUUAGCAGCGUUAGAGGGGAGUCAGAUCAACCUCAAGGCGCUGAUUUAACCUCCAUGACCGAAGACUUCAAUUUCUAUCAAGGAGGGAGGUUUCCAGGAGAUUGGGGUUCAUGUCAAAGCUUGGAGAUGGUUAAUUUGGGUCAGAACUUCUUCAAGGGCGUAGGUCUUAGUAAAUGCAAGAACCUUCGUCUUCUUGAUUUGAGUUCGAAUAUGCUUACCGGAGAGCUUCUCAGAGAGAUAUCGCGCGGUUCCCUGCAUGAGUGUUUUUGACGUUGGCGGAAACAGAUUAUUGGGCUUAAUCCCUGAGUUUCUCAGCAAUGCCACAACCCAGUCUUUUUAUUCGAAAAUACACGUAUGCGCAUGCAUCUAUCAGGAGUCACACCAGUUGAAGCAAGAAGAUGGUUCACAUAAGGAGACCGAGCAAUGGCUUUCGAGUGCAGCACCAAACCAACGUUUAUAAAAAAUUACCUCUUAGAUAUAUUAUAGUAAACUCUAAAAACUAGAUGCAUCCAGAAUUCGCGGCAAAACAAUUUUCCUUUCAUUUACAAAUUUUAAUGGGCUUAUAUAAUACUGAAGUAAGGUAGGGCUAGGGCCAAAUAAUAGAUUGGGAUAAAAUAAACGAGACGGUGUGAGAAACGAACCCUAAAUUUCCUAAUCAUGUCGCUGAAAAUGAGAUCGAUCUUUGCUCAGGUGUAUCAAAAAUCGGUAUCGGCGGGGCAUAGACGCAAUUUCUCUUCAUCCUCAACCAAGUGCGAAGAGUCGAAGAAAAUAGCUAUAGUUACUUUUGUUGUAACUCGAACCCUAGGAUUUGCUUCCGGAUAUCUCAUUGGCCAUUAUCUAAUUGGUGAUCUUGAUAAGUUAUAUGAGGAGCGGAUGCAAGAGGAUCUGAGGAAGGCUAAGGGAAUGGAAGAGUUGUUGGCCAAUGUUGCAAAACUCUCCAAAAAGUAGCCAAUUAAUUGGCUUUUGCUAUAUGUAUAAUGUGUGGGUAUGUGCAUGUGGUUUUGUCUAAACUUAAACACUUGUCUAUGAGAUUGCUUUCUUUUCGCUCUGUCAAAAUAUUUUAAUUUCUUGUGUUUUUUUUCUGGGACCAAAGAGUAUGUAUGUAGUUGAGAAUUAAUGCUGUAAGGUGAGAAUUAAUGUUCUCUCUUACAACGAUUGCAAAUACAAGUGUCCUACCUUUCUCUACUUUGUAGUAUUGUCUUUCUGUGAUAUUUGGUCCGAUUUUAGUUGAUAAUAGUUUCACAUGUUUUUCUAUGGAGGCCCUAGUUCCAUUACAAGCACUGUAAGCCUAAGCAUAAUUCGCAGGUUGAUUAUGUUUGUCUCUGGUAAGAAGGCUGGAAAGUUCUGAUGUACGUUAAACUGAUUUUCCACUGGUAAAUGAAGAGAUGAAAAUUUAUCUGCCUAGGCUUUUUGAAUUACCAUUCCCAACAAUGUUGAAAGCAAAGGGUUUUCGAAAAAACUCUACAUUUUAAAUUAGCAAAAAUUGAAGAAAGCUAGUGGUAGGGCAUACGGCUCAAUAUAGUAUAUAUUCAGAUAAUAAUAUUAUCCCGCGCGGUGUGAGACAAAUAAAGAAAGAAAGACCGAACCCUAACUAUGUCGCCGAAAAUGAGAUCGAUCUUUGCUCAGGUACAUCGUAAAUCGGUUUCGAUGGGGUCUCGCCGGAAUUUCUCUUCAUCCGCAGGUGACAGGAAAGCUUCUUCAGAGUCGAACGUUGCUGGUUUUGAGAUGGCUAAUGAGUUUAGCUUUGUCGAUUCGGUGAAACUUGGAUUAUUUGCUUGGGGAUCUUUGGGGAUGUACAAGCUUUAUAAAUACUACUAUCCCAAGUUGCUGAUAUGUCAGGAAGAAUAUAAAAUCCUGGUACAACGUCAGCACGAACUGUAUGCGCAGAUCAAGAUGGAUAAUAAUUCUCGCAAGCCUCACUUUGAAGAAAUGUUUUAUGCUGUGAACAUCGAACAAAAUAAUGAAUAGAUGCUUGCAUUGUUUUUUGUCGUUUGUUUUCUGUAAUUUGCACCUUCUGUUUGUUUGCUCUUCAUCUCUCUCUUGAAGAAUGAUGAUCCCUAAUGUUUUCAUUUUAAGUGUUGGCCUAAACUAUUUGAUUCUCAGUGAUAUGUGAAAUUCUGGCCUUUGAUCUUUUUCUUUACUAGAAGGAGAUUCGUUACUCCCUUUCUUUCUUGCUGGUAAUAAAUGAAUGAUUCUGGAGAAUUAUGCUCUAAUUAAUCUUGUUCUUUCUUUAAACUUAGCAAACCUCUACCUCCAAUUGAACCUCCCUCAAAGUUGUUAAUCUUUAAAAUAAACUCAACUACAUUCAAGUGAAUCUCAAGAGUAAUCCUCUCUCUCAAUAAAACGCAAAGAAUGAAGUGCCGGACCACAAUAUCUUCAGAUCGGAAGCAAUUAAAAAACAAACGCCUCUUAAUGUUUAAACUGCUUGGAGAAUAUGGAGAAAGCUAGGGCUAACGGUAGAUUUAAAAUAAGACUUAAUUGCACUCUAAAACAUUAUUAUAAUCGCCGAAAAAGAAAGUAAAAAAGAAGAACAGCCAACCCUAAAUUUCACGUCACGACCAUGCCGCCGAAUAUGAGAUCGAUCCUUGCUCAGGUGCAUUUUGUUCGAUGCAGUCUUGCCGCAAUUUCUCUUCACCCGCCAGCAAAGAGCCAAAGAAAAGAUCUGACGUGGCUUCAGUGGUAGCUCGAACCCUCGGGUGUGCUACGGGACUUAUCGUUGGCUAUCGUCUAACUCUGGAGGGACGCCUAUGAAUACUUCAACAAAACGGAAAAGUUAUCUUGGUGGUCUAUGUAAUAAUUAUAUGUUACGUUCCAACUUUCCUUUGAGAUUGUUUUCUCUUUUGCUCUUUGUCAGAAUAUUAAAACUCGUGUGUUGUUUUCGUAGACCAACCGCAUAUGUAGUUGAGAAUGCUUUAUUAAAGUGAUAAUGUUUUAUCAAUGCUCGUUUUGGAGCUCCU